UACCAAAUGUACCUCUUUUGUGUGAAGGCUCGUUAAUUUAUUUUAAUGUUGAAAAUAUUGAAACCUGUAUUAUUUCCUAAUAAAAGCCCUUGUCAACGAUUUUUUGCUAAAAUGGCAUCAGAAGCAAAAAAAGCUAAACUUACUGAAGUAGAGAGAGGAACAGUUUUAAGUCCACUGACUGGAGCUGGAUGGACAAUGGUGGAAGGAAGAGAUGCAAUUUAUAAAGAAUUUCUCUUUAAAGAUUUUAAUCAGGCAUUUGGUUUUAUGACCAGAAUAGCCUUACUAGCAGACAAGAUGGACCAUCAUCCAGAAUGGUUUAAUGUUUAUAACAAAGUACAAAUUACUCUCAGCACACAUGAUGUUGGUGGAUUGUCACAAAAAGAUGUAAAGCUAGCUACAUUUAUAGAAACUGCGGCUACAGCUGUAGAAAAAUAAAGUCAUUGAUUAAUCUAUUAAUCUGUUAAUACAUUCCAUCAUGAUAGAUUUCAGGGGCCAGGUGCCGUUUAUGUUAGAUAUAUAACAAUGUUACUUGUGAUUGUAAAUGUGUGUAGGAUCUUGACUGACUUUUGAAUCUCUCAUUGUAAUGAUACAUCUGAAACCUUUUAAAUUAUCUUAUUGUCAAUUUAUCAUUCUGAUCUGAUUAUUUGUCUGUACUAAAUAAGUUGUCGUUGUUCAUUUUAACUUGCUAAAACCUAGCAGGGAGA